CUCAACUAUUUCUUUUUGCUCGUCAUAAAACACCUCAAGUCCUUCCCCCGCCCUGCUGCACGAGCACGAGCGCGAGCGCAAGCACGACCACGAGCACAAGAAGUCUCUGUCGCUGCUUCCCUUUCUACUUGGUGCUUUCGUUCUUUGCUCAUCGCAACGAGAACAAUGGCCCGCGCCCCGCCCCCUCCCCUCGAUGGCCGGAAGCGCCGUAUCGCUAUGAUGACCAGUGGUGGUGACUCUCCUGGCAUGAAUGGUGCAAUCAGAGCCGUUGUGCGCAUGGCAAUCGAGAAAGGGUGCGAGGCAUAUUGUGUGUACGAGGGCUACGAGGGCCUUGUGCAGGGUCAAAACUUCAUACGCAAAUUCGAAUGGUCCGAUGUGCGAGGAUGGCUCUCUGAAGGUGGCACAUUGAUUGGCACAGCACGAUGUAUGGCCUUCUACGAACGUCCUGGAAGAUUGAAAGCUGCGAAGAAUAUGGUAUUGAACGGCAUUGAUGCUCUGAUUAUCUGCGGAGGAGAUGGUUCGUUGACUGGUGCUGACAAGUUCCGUGCUGAAUGGCCGGGCUUGAUUGACGAGUUGGUUGAGAAGAAGGAAUUGACAGCUGAGCAGGUCGAACCUUUUAAGCAUCUCAACAUUGUUGGUCUGGUUGGCUCGAUUGAUAACGAUAUGUCGGGCACAGAUGCUACAAUUGGCUGUUAUUCGGCAUUGAGCAGAAUUUGCGAGAUGGUCGACUACAUCGAGGCUACGGCAUCAUCACAUUCCAGGGCUUUCGUUAUCGAGGUCAUGGGCAGACAUUGUGGAUGGUUGGCACUUAUGGCUGGAGUUGCAACUGGUGCCGAUUUCGUCUUCAUCCCAGAGAAGCCGCGAGCUGGAAAUUGGAGGGAGGAGAUGUGCAAGAUUGUGGCUCGACACCGACAAAUUGGGAAGAGAAAGACAAUUGUCAUUGUUGCCGAGGGUGCCCAUGACCAAGACGGAAACAAGAUCUCACCAGAUAUGAUCAAAGACCUCCUCGCAGACAAAAGUGGACUCGCGCUGGAUACUCGUAUCACGACUCUUGGUCAUGUUCAACGAGGUGGAGUAGCAUGUGCUUACGACCGGUACCUCGCCACUUUACAAGGUGUCGAGGCAGUCAAGGCCGUGUUGGAAGCCACACCAGAAACGCCUACACCUUUCAUCGCCAUCACCGAGAACAAGAUCUGUAGGAAGCCACUGGUUCAAGCCGUUCUGGAUACCAAGGAGGUGGCCAAGGCAAUCGAGGCCCACGAAUUUGAUAGAGCUAUGAGCUUACGCGACACCGAGUUUUCAGAUAUCUACGAGUCGUAUAUGACAACAACUACAACUGACCUCAAUGAUGCCAUGCGACUCCCUCCUCAAAAACACAUGCGAAUUGCUAUCGUCCACGUUGGUGCUCCAGCCGGCGGUGUUAAUGCGGCAACUCGAGCAGCAGUAGCAUACUGUCUUACUCGAGGACACACCCCCAUUGCCAUUCACAAUGGUUUUGCCGGUUUCGUCCGUCAUCACGAUGACAAGCCGCUGGGAGCAGUCCGUGAAUUUGAUUGGCUCGAAGUGGACAACUGGGCCAGCAAAGGAGGUUCAGAAAUCGGCAUGAACCGCGAGCUUCCAUCUGAAUCCGGCAUGGAUACCGUUGCAGCUCUUUUCAAACAAUACAACUUCGAUGGCCUCUUCCUUAUUGGCGGCUUCGAAGCUUUUCAUGCUCUUUCUCAACUCCGCAAAGCACAAGAGAAGUACUCUUCCCUUUGUAUCCCCAUGACUCUCCUCCCUGCAACUAUCUCCAACAACGUCCCUGGCACCGAAUAUUCCCUCGGCUCCGACACCUGCCUGAACGAACUCGUCCGCUACUGCGACACAAUCAAGCAAUCUGCAUCGGCUUCCCGCCGCCGCGUCUUCGUAAUUGAAACCCAAGGCGGCCGGUCCGGCUACGUUGCCACUCUUGCCGGUCUUGCUGUUGGUGCCGUAGCAGUCUACACCCCUGAAGAAGGAAUUAGCAUCGACAUGCUCGCGGCAGAUAUCAAGCACUUGAAGAAAGUCUUCAGAGAGGAUUCGGGACAGUCUCGAGCUGGUCGAUUAAUUCUCAUCAACGAAAAGGCGUCACCCGUUUAUCAUGCGAAGUUGAUCGCAGACAUGAUUCGCCAAGAAGCCCAAAAUCGCUUUGAGACUCGUGACGCCCUCCCAGGCCACGUCCAACAAGGCGGAACUCCCUCCCCCAUGGAUCGCACACGCGCUGUUCGCCUCGCAAUCAAGUGCAUCGAACACCUUGAGAAAUAUGAAGACAGGGCGGAUUCAACGAUUCUUGGGGAUCCAAUGAGCUCCACGGUGAUUGGCAUUAAGGGUGCGAGUGUUGUGUUCACCCCUAUGAAGGAUGUAGAGGAAAAGGAGACAGACUGGCCGAAUCGGAGACCGAAGAAUGAGUUCUGGUUGGGACUGAAGGAUGUUGUUGAUGUUUUGAGUGGCAGACCCGAGGUUCCGAGGCCGGAAAGCCCCCUCCUGGGUUGGAAGGCGAAGGAUAAUAAGAGGGGCUUGAUUUGAGAGUGGCAUCGGAUGGGACAGGGUUAGGAGCUUGCAUUGGAAAUUAUGACGAGUGUCCUGAACACAUCGACGUUUGGCCUACGCGUGCGGCGGCUGGGUAGUGAAAAUUAGGCACGAAUCUCCCAUAUUGACCUCCUAGCAAUUUUCUUGUGCCCUGAUGUGGUAAUUCUCACCCCCUCCCACCCAAAUGAUUCAAUCAAGCAACCGUCCACAGAUCAACCCAUCAAACAUGAGCAUCAAGAACGUCUCGAUCCUCUCACUCCCCACCCACGCCUCGUUGAACUCGUCCAAAACAGUUAAGUCACUCUCUUUCUAUGCUGGGUUCUCCUUCAUCUUGACAGCCCACGGAUUUGUCGGCGAGUGAUCCGCAACGAGGCCACUGCGGAGAAUGUUGUCUGCUACGAUGAUGCCACCGGGACGCAGGAGACGGGUUGUGGCUCCAGAGGGGCCU